AAUCCGUGAAAGCUAGAAUCUCAUCUUAUCCAACAUGGCUGGCGGUUCUGACCCCCUGGACGAAGAGUUCACCUCAGUGACCUGGGACAACAAGCCUUCGCGGGACGCCGGAGAGCAUCCCCAUUCGACACUCCAUGGCGUCACCUCUGCCGAUCCCAGUGCUGUCUCUCAAGCAGAGGCCAUGCCAUGGGCUCUGGAAGGUGCUCAGAGGGAAGGAGAAGGUACCAUGCCCAGAUGGGCGGGGAGGUGGAUGAAGGUCGAUGUUAGCGAACCGAGCAAGGAGAUGGAGGGGACCAAGGAGGUUCAUAUCAGCUAUGCCGUGCGAACUAGGACGAACCUUCCUAGCUUCCCGGUCCAGCCAUCGAAUCAACCACACCUCGUCCGGAGACGUUUCACAGACUUUGUCUUUCUGCAGAACCAUCUGACGAAGCUCUUCCCUGCGGCCGUCGUGCCACCGAUGGCUGGCAAACAUCGAUUAGAAUACAUCAAAGGCGACCGAUUCGGCUCUGAAUUCAUCGAACAUCGUCGCAUCGAGCUUCAGCAGUUCAUGAGUCGGAUAGCGAGACAUCCAGUCCUAUCUCGAUGUCCUCUGGUAAAGGAUUUUGUCACCUCUGGUCAAUGGGCUGUCGAGAUGCAUCGUCACAUCAACAUGCCCCUUCCCGAGACCCCUCCUUCGUUACUGGAUAACCUGUCCGACUCGCUCGUGAACGCCUUUACCAAAGUGAGGAAGCCUGACGAGAGGUUCUUGGAGAUGAAGGAAGGGAUCGACAAGUUUGAGGAUGGGAUGAGCGGUGUGGAACGUUUGGUAACCAAGGAGAGAGCUAGGACGGAAGAUCUCGCCCAGGACUACGUGGAUCUGGCAGCUUCUUAUCAAGGCUUGGGAUACCUCGAAUCUGGUAUCACCGAACCGCUCAAUCGAUUCGCAGAGCGCAUGCUGGACUUUUCCGGACUGUUGAAGAAUCUGGACAACGACACCAUCGAUCCCUUCCUCACCCAAAUUCACGCAUUGGUCGCGUACUCUCAAGCUCAUAAAUCGGUCAUCAAAUCGCGAGAUCAGAAGCAGCUCGAUUUCGAGGAACUCUCGGCGUACUUGUCGGCGGUGGUCGCCGAGCGCGAUAGGAUGGCCGCGUUGAACAACGGUCAUACGAGCGCGCCUGUAGGAUUGACGACUUAUCUUAGAGACCAGGUCGACAAGCUGAGAGGUACGGAUGACAUCCAUACGCGGAGAGAGAGGAUCAGGAAGAUGGAUGGCAAGAUCAAGGAGUUGCAAGAAGCCGUGACUACCGCUCACGAGACGACGACCGAGUUCAAUGACGAGAUCAUCAAGGAGCAUAACAUCUUUGAGCUGUCCAAGCAACAAGAGAUGAAAGAGAUGCUUGGCAACUAUGCGGACGGUCAUAUCGACUUUUAUCGAAAGGCGAUCGAGGAUUGGGACAGCGUGAUUCCGAUGCUCAACAAGAUCAAGGUGGACAUUUAGAACCGUCUGGGGGGGAUGAUUGCUACCUUGCGGGCCCCGUGGUUUCUGUAUGUGUAUUGUGAACGAAUCUUGCCGUUGUACCUUGCCCUUUCUGGACGAUGCUAUAUGAAACCCCUUUUGCGCUUGG